AGGAAUCGGACAUCGCCAGAGCGGAAAAGACUAGAGCGGUCAACGUCCAUUUCUCUCCCAGAUCCCCUUUCUGUCGGCUGUAAUGUGGAUGUGAACACAGACUGGCAGCAAAGAGAUGUGUGAUGAAAACCAGUCCUAAAGCAGGGCAAGGCCAAUCAGUUACUAUGAGCAGUGAGCUCAAUGUGCCGAUGGGCUCCCCCACGCUCGGGGGCUCAGACCGGCUGCAGGAUGGUGGCGGGAUGGACUACAGGGACUGGGUUCGCCGCAGCUAUCUGGAGUUGGUCACCUCUAACCACCACUCGGUCCAGGCUCUCUCAUGGAGGAAACUCUACCUCAGCAGGGCCAAGCUCAAAGCCUCCAGCCGAACCUCAGCCCUGCUGUCUGGCUUUGCCAUGGUGGCCAUGGUGGAGGUGCAGCUGGAGAUGCAGUAUAACUACCCACGGUUCCUGCUCAUUGCCUUUAGCGUAUGUACUACAGUGCUGGUGGCCGUCCACCUGUUCGCCCUCCUCAUCAGCACCUGCAUCCUGCCCAAUGUGGAAGCCGUCAGCAACAUCCACAAUCUCAACUCUGUCUCUGAGUCUCCCCACGAGAGGAUGCACCUCUAUAUUGAGCUGGCCUGGGGCUUUUCCACCGCUCUGGGGAUCCUUUUGUUCCUGGCAGAGGUGGUGCUCCUCUGCUGGAUAAAGUUCUUGCCGGUUGACUCUGGGGCGCAAUCCGCGUCAGCCCUCAAGCAGAACAGCAGCUCGUCUACGGUUCAGCCCGGCCACAGCGGCUGGCAGGCGGCCUUGGCCUCCACCAUCAUCAUGGUGCCGGUCGGAUUGAUCUUUGUGGUGUUCACCAUUCACUUCUACCGCUCGCUAGUGCGACACAAAACAGAGCGGCACCAUCAGGAGAUCGAGGAACUGCACAAAAUCAAGGUGCAGCUGGACGGCCAUGAGCGAGGCCUGCAGGCGGUGUGAGAUCCAGGGAUACUCUUCAAGCUUUCAAGCACAUUAAAACUCCUUCUUGAGUCUUUUGGGCUUAUUUUCUGUUUUAUUCUGAGAGGAAAUGCCUUGUUUCCUGGUGGAAGGAUUACUCUUAUAGAAAUUGAGGAGGCUUUACAGCAAAAAAGGCGCACGUUUACAAAAUUUCAACCGCAAGGGCUAUUUAUUUUGUAUUUCUUUAGGCUGUAGGUCAUUUGGAUGUGUUUUUAAGUGCAAUUUUCUCUUUCCAUGUUUCUAAAUACACAAAAAUGGAUGUCAUGGAGUGGCUUGCUUUAAUAUCAUUUGCUGGUUUCUCUUCCUUUUGCGGUGCCAUCCUGGAUCGAUAAGUGUGCCACAGAUAAUGAGACCAAAUGAGUUGGUCUUGGAUCCAUUAUGAAUCAGAGCUGCCAGAGUAUCUUUAACUGCAAUUUCCAGCUCUUAUAAUAUACGUGUCUGUUUGAGCUUCAGUUUAAAGUGAUAGUUCACCCAAAAAUUGAAUAUUAUAUUAUCAUUUACUCACCCUCAUGUCGUUC